UUGUCAGUGCGGUCGACUCGCUGCAACUUCAGAGUGAACCCGCAGAUCAGUCGAUGCAAUAUGCGACGCGGUGUAUUCGCGGCGUUCGACGCGCGAGCUUGAUUCCGUACGAGCGCGCGGUGUACGCGUGCACGGUGGCCGUGUUCGCGUGCAUUAACGAGGGCCUGUCUCGGAUUCGGAUCAGUUAUAUUACCUAGAACGGACUGCGGCCUUUAGAGCGGACUAGCAAACUGCUUGUUAGUCCGAUAGAAGAUUUGCAAAAUGCAAAAUUGGAACCCAUGGCAGUUGUCAGCUGGUGUUACUACUCCAGUGCCGCAGCCACCGAUUGGCUACGCAGCAGGCGCAGAUCCUAUGGUUUUGAUGCAAAAUUAUAUGCAAUAUUAUAAUCAACCAACGCCUAGUGGAUAUACACCGGAGCAAUGGGCAGCUGCACAACAGCAAGGCUGGGCUCAAUGGCAACAAUGGCAGCAACAAUAUCAACAGUGGCAGGCACAAUAUGGCGACAAGUAUCAGGAAAUGAAGCAAUUACCGGCGCAGGAUAUGAACUUGGCGAAUCAGAUGCAAAUGCCACCAAACGUGCAACCACCACCUCUCCCCAAAGAGGAGACGCGACCUCCUUUACCCCCCACCACCACAAAUACAUAUCAAUUUACGAACAUGCCACCUCCGCAUCAGAACGAUCUUCCAUUAUUUCCUACGAAAGAAUCUACCAAUAAGAUAAUACCACAAGCGAAUGUGACAAAUUAUCCUACGAAUCCACCAUUACCUACGAGCCAACAACCACCUUUACCACCCAGCGAGAAUAGGGAGAAUAUCACAGCUGACAAAUCCAAUAUUAAUGUAACUAGUGAUUCCAAUAGUGCUAAAAAGUCGAAUCUCGAAGAUGAUGAAUUGACCGAAACUGAGAAAACAUUUGACGCACAGUUCAAACAGUGGGAAGAACAGUUUAACAUCUGGAAACAGCAAAAUGCCAAUCAUCCGGACAAGACCCAGUAUAAACAAUACGAAGCGAAAUGGACAUCGUGGCGUGAGAAACUGCUUGAAAGGCGCGAGCAGAUGCGCAAAAAACGCGAACAACAGAAACAGGCUGCUGCGAAAGCAGAGGUCGAAAGGAACAAAAGCAUACCUGGCGACGAUAAAAUACUGAACAUCUUAUCGAACACUGAAAAUCAACGAUUGAUCAACAAUUUAUUGGGUAUUGGGAAAACUUUGGGUCUUACAGGGAAGCAAAAUAUUCCCUCAUCUUUAUUACCACCUCCGCCACCACCUCCACUGCCAGAAUCUACAAAUUCCAGUAAUCAACCAGUGACUCAGGGUAUGCAGCAAACUCCAUCGCAAGUGAAUAUGAGUAGACCCACAGCGCCGAAUUGGUCGAACCAGCAACAAUGGGGAAGUCAACAAUAUAAUCCCAGAAUGGAGGCUCCGAGAUACGGAAUACCGACGGUGCCUCCUCCGACAAUGCUCUCAACACCGGAUGUUGGAUCACCCCAAAAAGCCUCGCCAAAUUUUGCACAAUCACAGCUGAGUCUGCCAAACAAUAACGUUGCACCAAACUUUUCACAACCUCCGCCAAAUUUCCCUAAUAAUGAUCGAAUACAAUUGCAAAAUGUGAAAGCGCCGGGUUCAACAAACAUGAAAGAUUGUCUUCCGUUUGGUUCGCCUGGUUCCUCAAGUACGGAUGCGCGUUUUAUGCAUCCAAACGAUCGACCACCUUACAAUUUUGACGGACAGCCAAACUUCAGAAGAGGCGAUCAGGAACGUUUCGGACAAGAUAAUACUAAUCCAAAUUUGCACGAACAAGAUCAGUUUAGACCUCUUUCUGAUACUUUUGACAAAGCCGACACACAACGUUUCAGAAGAGGCGACAGAAAUUUCAACGAUUUUGGGAACAAUCAAUUAAACUCGCAGAAUAAUUUUAAUUCAGGUAAUGAUCGAUUUGGCCCAGCAAAUGACCGUUUUGGACCCGGGAAUGAUCGUUUCAACAGGGAGAACAAUCGAUUUGGUCCGAUGGGAGGUGAUCGAUUCGGCUCAAACAACGAUCGUCCAGGAUCCGAUCGGUUUAACAAUGAAUGGUUUGGACAGGAGGGAGAUCGAUUUAGACCUGGAAAUGAUCGGCUCGGAAUGGACAAGGAACGCCACGGGCCUGGCAACGAUCGAUUUCCAGAUAAUGAGCGACUUGGAUCGGAUCGGUUUGUACCAGGUGGUGAACAAUUUGUUUCUGGAAAUGAUCGUUUCGAUUCCAAAGAUCGUUUUUUCUCUGGUAAUGAUCGAUUUGGGCCCAAUAGCGAACAUUUUCGCCCGAACGAUCGAUUUGGUAGAGGUAGUGCGGACUAUUUCGAUUCAAAAGAUUCAGCUGAUCACAGACGAGACAAUUUCGGUGCUAAUACUCGGGGUUUUAAUAGAAACCCAUCAUUUAGUCCACCGAACGAGCUGUCACCGGAACUGAAGAAACUUAUGGAAAAGCGAAAAGCAGCAGGGGACGUAUUCAGACCUAGUUUUAUUGAUUCCGAUAAGUCAACUAGUAUUGGUUCUCUUAGCGAGAGCUUUAAAAAAAUUACUGGUGAUUCACCUUUUAGAAGCUCCUUCGAUUUUCAAAAAAAUCUACCAAUGCGUAGUGGAUUAACAAGUAGCGGACCAUCAAGUUUUCAUCCCUCCGAUUCAGGACAAAUUUCUACUCCGUCGUAUGGGCCACGAGGACACUUUUUCAAUCGUGAUAACGAACCGCCUUUUAGAGGACAUCCAGAUAACUUUGCUAAACAUAAUCCUAUAGAUUACAAUGAACGAUUAGGGAAAAAUAUGGAAAUCCGGCCGCUUUUAAGUCAAUCCCAACCAACAAAUAUUCAAUCUCAAGAUGCUGUUAAGUAUCCUGAAAAGAUUGAAACUGCUGAUACUUUGCUGCGAACUGAUAAUAUUGCAGAUGCAAAAGAUACAGAAGCACUGCAAGCGAAUGAGGCUAAUAGUUCUAUUGAGCAAAGCGAUAACGUUAUUUCUGAUGGUUCAAAGAAUGAUAAUGGAGAGGAGAGUAAAGUUACUGACGAUGAUAAUCCUUUGCAGCAGGAUGACAAUCAACAUGAUAAUCAACGUGAUAAUCAAGUCCAAGACGACGCUGAAAAAACAAAUAAAUCUAAUAGUAAUGAUAACAUUAUUAAACAGCCUGAAAGUUUGCCUUUCAUGGGUGAAAAUGAUGCACGGCCAGUGGAUUUGAACCUUGAACCGCCACCGGAACUACCCAACUUGUGCCCUAUUACUUCGGAUUCCAGUCAAAAUAUGCCACUGAAUCCGAACAAAGAUUUCGAUAGAAAGGGACCAGCUGAUAACCAAUUCGACAUGCGGUUUAAUAAUAACUUUGGCCCUAGAGGGAUUGAAUUUAAAUCUGGUGCACCGUUUGGGCCUCGGGGUCCGCCAAUGUUUGGUCCCAGAGGUCCUCGCGCGUUUCCUGGUCCUGCGACAUUUUUAUCGCAAGCUUCUAUGGAUAUACCAUUGGGUCCACGAGGUCCGAAAGAUGGUCAAUUUGGACUUAACAUAUCCAGUGAAAGUCGAUUCAGUCCUAGAAGAUCUAACAAUGAGCAAUAUGGUGAUCGAGAACGUAACGAUGAGUUAUCUGACCCUCCAGAUAGUGAAAAAUUUGAUCCACGUGGCUCAACAGAUGAGCCAAUUAGUCAGUUCGGACCUCGACCGCCGGUAAACGCAAUGUUCGGCCUGAGAGGACCUGUCGAUCGACAGAUUGGAUCGAGGGGACCAACUGAUUUACCAUUUUCACUGCGAAAUCCCAAUCCAUUUGGACCCAGAGGCAACAAUAUGCAAUUUGGCCCUAGAGGAGUUAAUGAUCGUUCGGAUUCCCGAACACUCUCCGAAAGACCAUUUGGUCCGCGAGGACCCAAUGACGGAUCAUACGCUCCUAGAGGACCCAGUGAUACACCUUUCGGCAAACGUCUUUCCGACCCGCAGUUCGGCACUCUGACGUCUAAUAAGUUCGAUAAAGUGAAUGAGGUGCCGUUUGAUGAAAGACCUCCUUUUGAGAACAGUGGAUCGUUUGGCUUUUCUGACGAAAGAACUCUUGGUUCUCGAAGAUCUAAUGAAGAUAUGACUGGUCCCCGUGGUUCUAACAAAUCUAUGCCUCUUGGUUCUCGCGAUUCAAAUGAUGCUCUGCUUCAACGUAACCUGACGAAUUUCAAUGAGAAUCGGUUUGAAUCUCACGAUUCUAACAAUGGACCGUUUGGAUCUGACUUUAAAGCGAAAGGUCCGAUGAACGAUCCAACUAACGUAAAUUUUCCAUCCCCGAACGAUUCUCUGCUUAAUCGCGGCGAUUACAUGCGUAGAAACCCCUACAUUAGAAAAGAACAGUUUGAGGACAAUGCUUUUGCUAAGAGGAUCAGGUAUGAAAAUCCAAAGCCGGGUGAUGAAUUUAAUACAAAUGUAGGCAGAAAUCUCGAUACGGAAAUGAAGAAAGAGAAUACCAGUGAGUACGUUAGACGUAUACCUGAGCCUAAUAAAAAAGAGUUAGAAACUGCGUCUCGUCCAGGAUACGGACCCAACGAUACUUGGAAGGACAAGUUCGGCAACAGUCAGAGGUCCGAUGCGGAACAACACAAUAUCGACAGAAACGUUCCAAAUACAUUCGACGAGAAAUCGAGAUCAGAAAAAACCACGGUCGAAUCAAAGAUGAGUGAUUACAAGUCACGAUAUGGUGGUGAAUCCGCGGCUGGAUCCGAUUUCCAAUCGAAAUAUACUUCUAAUUUAUUCAUGAAACCGUCUCCAAAGGGUGGUCAAGAAUUUUGCGUGCAGAGGCAGUUCAAUUAUAAUCACGGCGAAGGUGAUAAAAAAUUCACCGAUUCGUUUCACUUCACUCCGGCAAAGGUGAUUGAUUACGGACACGUAGCUCGUACUUCGACUAUGGAUCAGCAUCUGUCAUCGGUCCAGUGUUUUGAUUACGGUCACGGGAAUCUAAAACCAGCAGUGAAUCGCGAACAGCAGCAGCAGCAGCAACAGCAAUAUUAUCCAAAGAAAGAUUUUAGAAAUUGGGUGGAGAACGAACAGAAUCUGAAGGAAUAUACUGAAAAGAUGAGCAACUACGAGAAUACGAAAGGAUUUACGGGACAAAUGUGGAACUACACGAAGAAUUACGACGUGCGCAGAUCUGCAGACUGUAAUAGACGAAAGGGACAUGAUUGGCAAUUUAAUGAUAAGAAAAUCGAUGGAGGGAAGAAAGAGAACGAUGACCGUAAAGAGAGAGGAUACAAUCUCGAAUCAGAAUCCCGAAUUUUUGAACGAAAUAUUGAUAAUAAUCAAAGCGAUCGAUACCAAAAUGAUAGAAACAUUCACAAAGAUGUAGAAAGAGUUCAAGAAUUACUUGAUUCCCGAAGGGUAAUAAAAGAUAAUGACAAAGAUGAUAAUAGAUUGAAAGGAAAUGUUAACUGGCAGGAGAAUUCAAACAAAAACGUCGUAGAUACAAAACUACAGGAGACCAGCUUUUCUCUAGAUACAAAGAAAAAUGUUGCGGAAUCAACUACAAAAACCCUGGAAUUGGCCAAAAUGCCCAAUUACACGAUGGUCGACGACCUAUUGUGUCCACCAGGUCGCCAGAACAGACCACCAAAAAUAGCUAUCAUUCUCAGAGGACCACCUGGUAGCGGCAAGUCUUUUGUGGCUAAACUUAUCAAAGAUAAAGAGGUUGAGCAAGGUGGCUGUCCGCCGAGAAUCUUGAGUUUAGAUGAUUAUUUCCUUGUAGAAAAGGAAAUAGAGACUAAGGAUGAUAAUGGAAAGAAAGUCACAGUUAAGGAAAUGGUGUACGAAUACGAAGAGGCUAUGGAGCAAAGUUACAUAACAUCCCUUAUUAAAGCUUUCAAGAAAAAUAUAAUAGAUGGAUUCUUCAAUUUUAUUAUAUUAGACUGCAUUAAUGAGAAGAUUUCGGAUUACGAAGAGAUGUGGAGUUUUGCCAAAACAAAAGGUUUCAAAGUAUACAUAUGCGAGAUGGAGAUGGAUCUGCAGAUAUGCUUGAAGAGAAAUAUUCACAACCGUACCGAGGAUGAAAUUAAUCGGAUUAUAGAUUACUUUGAACCAACGCCCAGCUAUCAUCAGAAGCUAGAUGUUAACUCAAUGUUGCAAGAGCAAGCAAUAGAAGAGGUGGACAUGGAGGAUAGUCAAGAGACUCAGGAGAAAUUGCAAACUGAAGAUAGUCAAGAUAGCCAGGAAGAUGUUCAAGAUACGAUUGGUGUUAGUAAAUGGGAGAGAAUGGAAGCUGAAGAUAAACUAGAUCGAUUGGAUGGUUUGGCAAGAAAGAAAAGCGAAGUAAAACCGCAAACUAUGGAAGAUUUCUUACAAGUUCCUGAUUACUACAAUAUGGAAGAUACUUCGGGUAAAAAAAGAGUACGUUGGGCAGAUCUAGAAGAGCGUAAAGAGCAGGAAAAGAUGCGUGCUGUCGGAUUUGUUGUUGGUCAUACUAAUUGGGAUCGAAUGAUGGACCCUACGAAGGGUGGAAGCGCUUUAACACGCACAAAGUUUUUUACGCUGUCAUAGAAAGAUUAAUAGUUUACCGUGAAUAUUAAAAAUGAAGUGCAGCAUUCAACUUAAUACAAUUGAAUAAUUUAUUAAUAUAGUUUAUCGUUUUAUGUUUGAAGAGCACUACGGUAUAUAAAAAUAGUUACAAAUAUAAACUGUUCAUAACUGUUUAGUUAGGACUUAAGAUUACAAAAUUAUUAUAAUUAUAAAAUAAUAAAAUGAAAAAUAAAGAAAAUAAGAUAAAUUUAACGCAUUGAGAUAUGGUUAUAAGUAUUAUGCAUGAAAUGUAUAAUGUAUUUGUAUCGUAAAAAUGAGACUUUGUACAAAUGAGAAAAAGUGCACGUAAUAGAAUAUAUCGAUAUGUAUAUAAUUGAUAUAAUAAAAUACACGUUCACUUUAACAA